UCUCUCUUGCUCUCUUGCUCCUGCUGCCCACGUGUGCAUGGUGCAGAACUUCACAGAGAGACUUCUGUUCACAGAGGGAAGUCAACCAGUUGGCCUUUUGUCAGCCCAGAAACUUUUGGUUCUGCAGUUUUAAAAGCAUACCUGGACUAAAGAAAGAGAACCAAACUUUUUUUUUAAACUUCGUGGAAGGCAGAAAUAUCCAAUGGAUACCACGGAGUACCCCGACAGCUAUGAUUAUUAUGAAGACAACGAGACAACAUGUGACUACUCUGAGUGGGAGCCAUCCUACUCGCUCAUCCCUGUCCUCUACAUGCUCAUCUUUAUCCUUGGUCUGUCUGGGAAUGGGAUGGUCAUCUUCACAAUGUGGCGCUCGGCCAAUUCCAAGCGCCGUGCUGCAGACGUCUACAUUGGCAAUCUGGCUUUGGCUGACCUGACCUUUGUGGUGACCCUGCCACUGUGGGCUGCGUACACUGCACUUGGGUACCACUGGCCUUUCGGCGUUGCGCUCUGCAAGAUCAGCAGCUACGUGGUGCUGGUAAACAUGUAUGCCAGUGUGUUCUGCCUCACCUGCUUGAGCUUUGAUCGCUACCUGGCUAUCGUGCAUUCGCUGAGCAGCAACCGUCUCCGAUCCAGAGGCACCGUGAUGGUAUCACUUGGCGCUAUUUGGUUGCUUUCUGGGACUCUUGCUGCACCGACACUGCUCUUUCGCACCACAGUGGAUGAUAUGACCAGCAACCGAACCACCUGUGCCAUGGACUUCAGUCUGGUGACCCUGAAUCAGCGCCACGAGUCACUUUGGAUCGCCGGUUUGAGCUUGUCAUCCUCAGCGCUUGGCUUCUUGCUCCCGUUUAUGGCCAUGACUGUGUGCUACUGCUUAAUUGGCUGCACGGUGGCACGCCACUUUGGUCAUCUGCGCAAGGAGGACCAGAAAAAACGGCGCCUCCUGAAAAUCAUCACUACUCUGGUGGUGGUGUUCGCCCUCUGCUGGACUCCGUUCCAUGUUCUGAAAAGCAUGGACGCACUGUCAUAUCUCGGUCUGGCUCCGUCGUCCUGUGGUUUCCUGCACUUCCUGCUGCUGGCGCACCCGUAUGCCACCUGUCUGGCGUACAUCAACAGCUGCCUCAACCCGUUCCUCUAUGCCUUCUUCGACCUGCGUUUCCGCUCACGCUGCCUCUGCCUUCUCAGCCUGAAAAAGGUCGUUCAUGGUCAUGUCAGCUCUGCCUCAUCCACACUCAGCGCACAGACCCAGAAGUCCGAGUUGCACUCGCUGGCCACCAAAGUGUGAGGAGAAAAAGUGCAGAAGGAGAAAGAGGAAAGGAUAAAAAGGAGGUGAGAGGAGAAGUGAGGGGGCGAACCAGACGGCUGGUCCAUUCUGGUGCCUCGACUCGUCCAGGCUGGGCCUCAAACACAGACAUUUAUUUAGACUGAAAAGAUAAAGGACUUUUCACUCCCUCUCUGUGUCUCUGUCAAAGAAAUGGUCUGUUAUGUACAGCAUGUAAAUAAUACUCCCAGGGUUGUGUAUUCUACUGUAUGAAUAAUGAAGUAUGAAUGUGUGUAUGGGAACCGUAUGAUGAGGAAUUUGCAGGAGAAACAAUUUUGGCUUCAAAUCUGCAGCUCCUUCGAGGUGAUAGAUGUGUGAAUGUGUGUGUGUUUGUAUACACUGGUCAAAGAUUACAAAUUGUACAGUAUUUUCCUACUUUAGACACAUCUUUAGCCUCUGUAGCACUUGUUUAAAAUUAAGAUAUAAAUGUAUGAGUUUGCAUGAUGAGCCCUUCUUCCUGGCUGCUGUUGUUUGUUUGCUGAUGAAAGCUUCAAAGCAUGUGUGUGUAUGGAAGGCAGGGGGGCAAGUAACUGAAGUAAAGGUGUUUCAGCUUAAUUAGAUAGUUUAAAGAGUGGUCAUAGACACGGGAGGAGGAGACGGGGCAGACAGACAGAUGGCAGCUGACAAAUGUCUCUUGGAGAGCGAGAGAGGUGAGGAAUGGAGGAGGGGGUCAGGAUGAUGCACUCCAGAUAAAGUUGGGUUAAUGAAAAUCUUUUAUUUUUGCUCAUCUUUCUGUAACUAACUACUGUUUAAUUAAAGAUAUUAUGGAGC